GCCCAAUCUUGAAUAUGUGUGAUUCCCGUGUUUACAUGCAGGGAUGCGUGUGGACAAGGGAAAGUGAUUGCACGUGUUCUUUCGUUGUACAGUGAUGAAAGCGUAGAAGAAAAAUACUGUAUAAUAUCGUUGAUGAUCGCGGAAAUUGUGUCGACAAACCAGCCUGUUGUCGUGUGCGAGGCGGCUCUACUAUGUCUCUAAUGCUGCUUAGGUACUGGACGAGAAUAGAAAUAGCGGCCUUGAAGACACGGAGGGUUAUAACCGGGCAGCAAAAGCAUUUGCGGUGUGCGACAUCUAUUUAUUGCCCUCAGAGGCACAGAGUAUGCAAUGUCCUGCGUACAGAAAACCUCCUUUCCACACAUUGGAAAUGCCUGGGCACCUCCCAGAGGGACUUGUUUUCAACCAAGAAGGACUCUUCGGGUUCUCAGGUAGGAGAAGGGAAUGUGGCUGAGGCCCCAAAGAUGGGUUUCUUCCACCGCUACCACAAGAUGUUCAAGGAGUACUGGUACGUCAUGCUGCCUGUGCACAUCGUUACUUCUUGCAUCUGGUUUGGGUCCUUCUACUACUCUGCAACAUGUGGAGUUAAUGUAGUGCCACUACUAGAAGCAAUUGGGAUACCGGACGUCCUCGUUGACCCUCUCCGGAACUCUGGGCUGGGUCACCUGGCAACGGCUUCAGCUAUGUACAAGCUGGCUACACCUGCAAGGUAUGCAGUCACUCUGGGUGCAACAUCUGUUACAAUUCGACAACUAUCUCGCCGUGGGCUAAUCAAGCCCAUGCCCACUAAGGACCAAAUCAAGCAGAUGAUUAAAGACAAGAUCAGUCCACCAUGAUACUACUCAGACUCAAAGGAUGCAUUGUUUUAAGUGAGGCAGAAAUGCUGCUGAUCAUGUACAUAGUAGCAAAUGAACGAAAACACUCUGUAGCAUAGGCAGAAUAAAUAUGGAUGUUUCA